AUGAUUGGUUUGCGCGCCGGCCUCUCGACGCAGGAUGCCAUGAAGAUGAUCAAACAUCACAUCAUCGACGGCAGUACCAGGGACACCAGGGACACCAGGGCCCUGCUUAGACUCGACCUCGAGAAAGCGUUUCACAACGUUCUCCACGAAUACAUCCUGGCUUCCAUCGCGGACCUCCAUCUGGGCCCCAGGCUUUAUAACUACGUCCGUUCGUUCCUGACGGGGAGGAAAGCGAAGCUGCGGAUCGGCGAAUUUGUCUCCGACGAGGUGCUCCUGGGCCCACGGGGCAUGCCGCAAGGCUCGGUCAUUUCGCCCACUCUCUUCAACAUUUGCAUGGUCGGCCUCUCGAGGAAGCUGGCCCAAGUUGAAGAGCUUCUGCUUUACAGAAAAGAAACAGGGGGUAGACCCAAGGGCUGGAAACCGGUCUCCGAAAGUGACAUUCACCUGUUCUCUCGGAGCGGAGACCCGAUACCCAGGGUCGACACCAUCAGAGUUCUGGGUAUGUUCAUUGAAUCGGGUGGCGGCAACGGUACUGCGUUGCGCAAACUCAUUGCGAAGACCGACAACGCUUUUCGCCUCGUGAGAAGGGUCCCGAACAGACGUCGUGGCCUCAAGGAGGACAACCGGCUUCGGCUCAUCAACGCCUUUGUGCGGUGUCACUUCACCUACACAGUGGCCAUGCACAACUGGCUCAGAGCCGAGCGGGACGAGCUCAAUGCCUUCAUUAGAAAAAUUGUCAAGAAAGCCCUCGGGCUGCCCGUCAGAACGCAUACCGAGGACCUCCUCCGGCUCGGCAUACACAACAGCAUGGAGGAGAUAGCCGAGGCUCAGGAACGGGCCCAGCUAUCUCGGCUAUCCACCACGCCAGCCGGCAGGCGCAUCCUUGAGGAGAUCGGACUUGCCCCCACCAAGAACUUGGCUAGCAACGCCCAGAUCCCCAGAGAAAUAGGGGAGAAGCUCGUCGUCGCCCCGUCGCCCCGCAACGUUCAUCCCGUGUGCAACGCAAGGUCGUCGCAAGGCAAGAGCGUCCACGAUAUUAAAACAAAUCUACAAGGGCAAGAUUGA